AUGCAGAUGCUGCUGUUUCUCAUCCUUCGCAAGUUUGUUGUCGACCCAGUGUCUCACUGGUAUGGCCGUCAACUGCUGAAGCGGCAGUUGGAGUUACUUGCAGAGCUUGGGCAGGGCGCUUCGAUCCGAGGGCCUCUCGCCAUUGGUAACCCCAGGAAUACUCAUUUUGCUGAGGAUGUCUCAAUCAACCCGGGCUUCGUGUCCAAAGGGCAAGGCAAGCUCUUUGUGGGUGCACACGUGCACAUGGGUGAAGACGUCACGGUGAUUACAGACAACCACAAUUACAAGUAUCCCGAUGCACUGCCUUACGACCGGACGAGAAUCUCGGAAGACGUCACUAUCGGAAACUGUGUCUGGAUUGGCGAUCGCGUAUUGAUCAUGCCCGGCGUGACGGUCGGCGAGGGUGCAAUUUUGGCAGCGGGGGCCGUAGUUACUCGCGAUGUCCCGCCGCUGAAGAUCGUGGGAGGAAAUCCCGCGAAGGAGAUCGGCGAGCGAGACGGAAGUCACUACUAUUCACUCCGCGACCAGGAACGCUACGUGCACUGGCCUCGCGACUACGACAAAAUCAACCGCGUCCGUACCAAAGUGCGACGAGCAAACAAGGUCCUACGCUGGUUCGAGCACGCCUACCCAAUUUUGAAGGCGAGCGAAUGGGGUCCGCUUCUGCAACAUGGUGAAAUCGAUAUUCUGGAUGUCGGGAUCGUCGCUCUUUACUUCAAUACGUUAACCUUCUUGCGACACGAUCCAGCAAAGAAACGAAAGAAGCCGCUCGGGAUGCUGGGUCGCACCCGUCGCCAAACCAAACUGUUGGGCUCACGCGUCAAGCGAUCUCUCGAAGAUCGUGCCACCAGUCGCCGUUCGGCCCAGAUCUCUCAGGCAGACAUUGUCUUUUGGCCGUGUGAACCCACACACGUCAAAGCCAUGAAGCCUGUCAUGCAAUGGCUCGACCAGCAGAACAUCCCCUACAUAGUGUUUGCGUGUCGAGGAAAGAUCUUUCAUGAGCUAGAAGCCCAAGGCAUUCAGGCGAUCUUUCCACAAGCCCAUUGGGGUGGUCGACUGCGAAAAGCAAGUCUCACCGGUCGGAUCCAAUGCACAAAGCUGAGCAACUCCGAGUUGUUCGACAUCAGCGAUCUCGAACCCUUGGAUGACACGGCUGAGCUGGUGAAAAUGCUUCGCUUUCACUCGGCGCAUCUCCUGCCACUCAUAUACGAAGCCCAAGUCAACUGCGAAGAGAUCUUCCGGCGAAUCAAACCCAAAGUGCUGGUCGUGGGCAGCGAUAUAACCUACCAAGGUCGCACCGCUUGCCGCAUGGCGAAAACCCAGGGAAUUACAACCGCGUGCCCAAUGCACGGCGCUUUGGCCAGCAACCCCACGCACGCCCUGCACAUUGCAGAUCGAUACUUGGCCUAUGGGGAAGCGGCAAAGAACUUCCUUGCAAGCCUGGGCUACCCUGCUGAACAAGUCGCGGUCUGCGGGGCCCCAUAUCUGGAUGGAAGCCCUAAACAAUCAGGCCACAUUCACGAGACAAUUCGUCAGAACUUAUCACUGGACGACAAGAAGCCGUAUGUGUUGGUCGCCACUUCGGGGCCAGGCAACACCAUCUCGCACGAGCAUCAUGCCCAAAUCAUCGAAACACUCCGUCACGUGAGCCUUAAGUUGCCGCACGUGCAAUUCGUAGUCAAACUGCAUCGAAAAGAUCACCUGGAAUACUACCAGCAAGUGCUCACUCGCUUAUCCGAUGCGGAGCUUCACAUUGUCCCCUAUGGUGCUGAAGGCUACCCCGGAGACAUCUUCGACUGGCUCCAGGGAAGUGAUUUGCUGCUCACCGGGGCAUCGUCGGUGGCCGUUGAAGCCAUGUUGAUGGACGUGCCGGUGAUUACGAUGGACUUCGCCGACGAGAUCGCCGCAACCGACUUUAUCACCCAGGGAGCAACCACUCACGUAACGACGCCCGAGCACUUGUACGAAACAGUCGAAUCGAUCGUCGACUCUCCCGAGGGGGCCUCUUCGGCACGAGAUCGAUCGCAAGACUACCUUCAAAGUAUGUUCCACAGCCACGAUGGUCGGUCGGCCGAGCGCCGGGUUGCAGAAGGGGUUAUGGCCCUCUCGAACAUUUCCUGUCCGGCGAUGGUCCCCGUUGCCGGGCGGCCCGUCAUUCAUUGGACGUUGACCUACCUCCGCUCGCUGGGAUUGCGAAACUUCGUCAUUGCCGUCGCACACCGCGACAUGUUCAUCGAAGACUUCGUGGCCUACACCUUUGGCCAAGAUACGAAUAUUCAGUUCGUCGUUCCUUCCAAAGACGGUGGUCUCGGCCUCACCGUUCACGAACUGGCCCAACAGGCAACCACCGCCAGUAGUUUGGUCGUAUUGGGUGACACUCACUUCCAGUUCAAAGACCCUCAUGUACUGGAAGCUGGUUCACCUGUGGUGCUCACCAGCCCUGUGGAAGAGUCGUAUCGCUGGUGCACCGCCGAGAGCGAUGCGGAAGGGUUCGUUACCCAACUGCACGACAAAGUGCCCGACCUGCCAGGCGCUCACCACGAUGCCUUGAUUGGUGUUUACUUCUUCCCCGACACAAAAGAACUACAAAAUCAAGGUCGCUUGGCCGUGCAAAAGGCCGAAUCUCAGUCGCGGCUAACAGCCAUGGCCGACAUCCUGCAGCUCAUCGGCGAAACCAAGCCCAUCCUGGCCGAGACGGCAGGAGACUGGCUCGACUGCGGAAACCCCGACCGACAGGCAACCUCACACCGAUCGUUGCUGCAAAAGCGAGACUUCAACGAGCUUUCGAUCGAUCCCGUGCUAGGCACCAUCACCAAACACAGCCGGCACGUGAAGAAGUUCAUCGACGAAAUCAACUUCAUGCGGCUGCUGCCACCCGACUUGGCCGUGCUUUUUCCCCGCAUCAUCGAUUACUCGACCGACUGGGACGAGCCCUAUGUCACGAUGGAAUACUACGGGUAUCCAUCGCUGGCCGAGGUCUUUGUGUUUGAGAACGUCGAUCCGGGAAUCUGGGAACAAAUCUUCGUCCAUCUUCGCGAAAUCAUCACCUCAGGCUUCAUGAAGCGGCGACGUCCGCUAUCUCUCGAAGAUCUCCACGAGAUGUAUGUCGCUAAGACGCGAACGCGGCUCGACAACCUGCGAGCCUCACCCGAGCUGCUUCGCAUUGUUGAGCAUGACGGUCCGAUCACCAUCAAUGGUCGCGAGAUGGAGAACCUCCCACGGCUGUGGAAUUUGUUGGAAGGCGAAGUUGAUCGCUUGGCUGAAAACGUACAGGGUAAUGUCAUCCACGGAGACAUGUGCUUCUCCAACAUCCUGUACGACAUGCGAUCUCGCAUCUGCAAACUGAUCGAUCCACGCGGAAGCUUUGGUGCGGCAGGCCUGUAUGGCGAUUCCCGCUACGACGUCGCCAAACUCUAUCACUCGGUGUACGGUCUUUACGACUUCAUCACCAACGAUUUGUUCCGCGUCGAAGUCGAUGGGGCGAACAUCCAACUGGACAUCUGCUCAAGACCACAACACGAACAUAUACGUGAGCGAUUCGAGAGCGCCUUCUUCGGCACCUUCGAUCGUCGCGAGAUUCUAAUCCUCACAGGUGUGCUGUUCGCCAGUAUGCCUGCACUGCAUUACGACACCCCGCGGCGGCAGCUAGCCAUGUACGCCCGGGCCAUGCAACUGUUUGACGAAGCAUUUCAAGAUAACAAACCUAGUGGGAACGUGGGUCUGGUGGUAGCUCGCAAAGGCGCCAUUACGCUGAAAUGGCUUGCCGAUCACGGGAUUGAGUAUGACGAGAUCUAUUUCGGUAAACCCCAUGCCGAUAUUUACCUCGACGAUAAUGCAGUGCGCUUCGAGUCUUGGGACGACAUCGCCGGGGACGGCAGCAGCAUGCCACUGAGCCGCCAAGAAAUGAUUGCUGUCAUGCCUAUGGCGGGUCGAGGAAGUCGCUUUGCCGACAUCGGUAUUGCUACGCCCAAACCGCUCAUCGAUGUUCGUGGUCGCCCGAUGUACUCCUGGGCCAUGGACAGCUUGCCGCUGGGGCUCGUCGAAAAGGUGGUCUUCGUUUGCCUGCGUGAACAUCUUGACCAGUGCAACUUGCAAGAGGACAUCGAGACUCGAUAUGCCGACCUGAAUCCGGUCAUCAUCGGACUCGACGAAGUAACGGAAGGCCAAGCCUGCACCGUGCUCGUGGCUCGCGAUCACAUCGAUAACGAUAAGCCCCUACUCAUCUAUAACGCAGAUACCUAUUGCCGCACCAACUUGGAACAAACACUCCCAGCACUUCAAGCCAAGGCCGACGGACUGCUGAGUGUGUUCCAGGCCCCUGGCGAUAAGUGGAGUUUCGCCCGCACGAACGACGAAGGUCGGGUUGUUGAAACUGCUGAAAAGAAACGCAUCUCGCAAUGGGCCUGCACAGGGCUCUACCAUUUUUCACGCGGGUCCGACUUCGUUCGACACGCCGAUGAGAUGAUCGCUGAGAACCAACGCACCAACAAAGAAUUUUAUGUGGCGCCACUCUACAACCGACUCAUUGCCGAUGGGGCCGAUAUCCGCAUCGACGAAGCUCUCGAGGUGUGGCCUAAGAAAGUACUUCACGUGCUCAACAGUGCGGCCGGCGGUGCAGCGCUGAGCACCAUUGGUUUAAUGGACUCGCUACGUGAGCAAGGCAUCGAAGCCUGCGCGGUAUGCCACGACGCUGGAGGCGAAGCAGAACGCAAGCUCCUCUCCGACGCCACGCACGGCAACGUGAUCUUCGCCCCACUUUAUUGGUGGAACCGCAAGAUCCGCGCGAAGACUUGGAAACGCCCUCUGAUCGAAGCCUAUCAACUCAAGCGCACGGGCUUUAAACGUGGUUCUGCCGAAAAGGUGACGCGGUUCGCCCAAGAGCAACAGGCCGAUCUGAUUCAUACCAAUACAAUCUGCACUCCCGAGGGAGCCUCAGCCGCUCGCGCCUUGGGUCUGCCGCACGUAUGGCAUCUCCGCGAAUUAUUGGGGCCUGGGCGUCCAUUUCGGUUGCCGCUGGAAGGGAACCGGUUGGGCGAGCAUCUGGCCAAACAAUGUUCGUUCUUGGUUGCCAACUCGAAUGUCACGGCCGACAUCGUACGGGAUUGGCUCCCAGAGGGGUUGCUGCAGGUGGUCCCCAACGGGAUCGACGUCUCCCAAUUCGAAGUGCGCCCGAUCACCCCAUCCGGCAACAAGUUGGUCGUGGCCAUGGUCGGCAGUAUUAGUAGUAACUGGAAGAAACACCCACUGUUUGUCGAAGCAGCCUCCCACGUCGAUCCGUCACUCGAUCUCGAGUUUCGCAUCUACGGACACGACCCUUCGCAAGGCGGUACCGUGCCCGGCAAUGAAUACGCCGACGCAUUACAUGCCCAGAUCGAUCGACUCGGCCUGCGAGACCGAUUUGCGUUCCCGGGUUUUCUCUCCGACCCGGUCGAGAUCAUGUCCCAGAUCGACAUCCUCGUGCACCAGGCCGACGAUGAAUCAUUCGGUCGGGUAAUCGUUGAGGGUAUGGCCGCAGGUAUUCCAGUCGUGGGAGUACAGGGCGGCGGAGUCGGCGAAAUCGUGGUUCACGGCGAGACUGGCCUGCUAGGCCCGCCAGACGACGCGAAGGCCUUGGCCAAGGGAAUCGACACCUUGGCCCGCGAUGCUGAACUUCGGAGAACGAUGGGCUCCGCGGGACGCCAACGUGCAGAAUCAACGUAUUCGCUUGAAAGUUGCGCCGCGGGUAUCUUGAAGGUUUACCAAGCCGCCAUGGACCGGCCGCUAAAUCAUCAUUGA